AUGGUACUAAGAACGGAGGACUUGACUAGUCGUGACACGGAUGAUGAUAAAUAUUCUUUGCUAACCGGAACUAGUACAUCUCUUCAAGAUAGCACCGGAAGUACAGUCACAGGCUCAAUUAGAGCCAACUACGAACGUAAUUUUGAAGAUCGUGUAUUAUACGGACAGAGCGGUGGUCGCAGAUUUAGUUAUAAAAAAAGAAAGACUUGCAGCGGAAAUGGAAUAUUUAGUGCUCCUCCCGGUGUCAGUCCCCAUCAUGUUAAAUCAUCCAUUAUCCGUCGCAAUACAAAUGGAUCUCGAUUAAUUUUUGUAUGGCCACAGAAACCACCUAGAAGUAGAUUGUUAAGAAUUUUAGCUCCACUCAUGCAUGGCAUUCUCAUUGGUUUUUUAUUUAUGGAUGCUAUUCAUCUUUGGCCAGGAGAAUUUUUACCUACAUCGUUGCCUUCUAUAAUACCUGUUCCUUUACCACCUGUAAAAUGUAAUGUAAUUGAACCACGAUGGUUUGACAAUAGUUAGAUAAUGCAAUAUUUUCAUUUUUUUGACUUUGAAGUCGCGUAAUUUAAAUUCUCUUUU